GCAUGCAGACUGUAACAGAGUCUACUGUGCUGCAUUAUUCUUGAAUUAAGAGGGUUAUGCAACAGGCGGUAUAUCAAACUCAGAGGAUUGUAAAGCUUUUGUUCUAAGAGAGUUUUUAGUUUUUGGCUUGCUUGGUCUUUAAUGCAGCCAGCAGAGUUAAAGUGCCUGAGCAACAGCUGCGAUUAUGUCAAGGUCUGAGGAGGCAGCCUGAUUCUGAUACAGCAGGGAAACAUUUUUGCAUGCUGGAGAAAUACGAGCAGGUUGAACAGAAAUACCAGUGUGGGAUAUCCCUACAAGCUGCAGGCUCUUCUGUUCUUCAUCCUCCACCUCCUCAUCCUCUGCUCCAGCUGCAACUUCAGCUCCUGCAGCAAAAAACACAAUCAAAUCAUCAAGUGGAUCAGCGUCUGGCUCUGCGAUAACCUGCAGGAUUUCAGGUAAUGCAUGAAAGCAGGCUGCAAGUGUUAAAGUUGUUGCCAUGGCAUCAGCAGCUCUCGAGCUGAUGGGGUUUUUCCUGGGCCUGCUAGGAAUGCUGGGUACUCUGGUUGCCACAGUCCUUCCUUACUGGCAGAUUUCGGCUCACAUCGGCUCCAACAUCGUCACAGCAGUUGCCAACAUGAGGGGCCUGUGGAUGGAGUGUGUGUACCAGAGCACUGGGGCUUUCCAGUGCGAGACCUACAACUCCAUGCUGGCCCUGCCCUCUGACCUGCAGGCCUCCCGUGCCCUCAUGGUCAUCUCCCUUGUGCUGUCCAUCCUCGCAAUUGCAAUAUCAGUCCUCGGGAUGCAGUGCACGCUCUGCUUGGAGGGCUCAGGCCCAGUUAAGAGUCGUGUGGCAGGCACUGGAGGGGGAUUAUUUCUGGCUGCAGGCUUCCUGGCUCUUAUACCAGUGGCAUGGACGACUCAUGAGGUAGUCCAGACCUUCUACAGACCCAGCCUUCCUGCCAGCAUGAAGUUUGAGCUGGGGGAAUGUCUGUAUGUUGGUCUGGCCUCUGCGCUCAUCACCAUGCUUGGAGGAGGGAUGCUGUGCGUGUCAUGCUGCGAGGACCAGGAAGGAGGUCGGGCAAGACGUCACGGUGGGGGAUAUCCAUAUCCCGUACCAGGAGGUGUUCCCGGUCCUGGAGUACGUACAACCUCACAGACUUACCGUAACCCUACCCUGCAAGUUGGGGGUGUCAACACAACCAGCAGGGGGCCGACGCUAGUCCGAAGUAACACAGGCAGCUCACAGUCAAGUGCACACGCAGUACAGGGAGCAAAGAAGACCACUGCGGCAGGAUAUGACAUCACUGGAUACGUCUGAGGGUACGAAUGUGGCAUUUGAGGCUCAAUUAAAUGUAUUUAUAGUGUAUUUAACCACGUUUUGGCACUAUACCCUUAAUGUAGAAGGACACAAUAAAGAGCCAACCAUAUAACAACUGGUUGUCUUUAAAAAGUUCUUUGGAAGACAGUUUUACAAACAACAAAGUCAAGACUGAAACAAAGUGUUUUACAUAUUUUUCCUCUGUAUAUGUUUGACCUUGUCACAUUCUUCCAAUACCUCAAGAGCAACCAAUCAGCAGUGAGGAGCCAUUACAUAACUGUGCCAAGUGCAUUGCAAAACUUUAAUCCAAUUGUUGUAAAAAUCAAACAAUAUUGGUAUGUCAUAAUCACAGCAACAAAAACAAAAAUCUAAGGCAGUCAGUAUUGUAUAAUUUCUUGUUUUGUAGACGGAAAAAUGCAGUCAACAUCCUGCAAACUGUCUAGAUUGCACAUAUAUAUUUGCAACUUAUGGAUACCAGAUACUAAAUAAAAACAAGUGCAAUGUUUUGUACUAGAUACUUUUUAUUCUAAUUUGAUUCAAUUCUAAUUUAAAACAAAGAAACAAUGGAUACCUGUUUUAAAAUUACUGCAUCUAUCCUACAAGCCCUAGGCACCAAGUAAUGGGCACUGUCUUGUUUUACAUUCAGCGAUAAUGCAGGAAAAUACUUGCAUGCUGUCUAAAUUGCACAAAUACAAUAUAACAUAAAAAUGCCACCAAUGUAUUAGCUCAAUUUAGACACUGCUCUCUUGAACACUCAUGGCAGCUUUGGGAUAAAAAUGUAUGACUGGAGAUCUUUUUAUAAAAGCUGUGGUAAUUUCACACAAUCAAUAGAUAUGGUGUAGUUUUAAAAGCAGUUCUAAAAAGUACCAAAUACACAAAAAUGUUUAAAACCUUAUUGUAAAACUUAAACAACCUGUUUUUUUAAACACCUUGGCUCUUUGCUUGAGAAAACAUCAAUUUCUUGCACUAGUUAGUCUUGGCGUUGGGCUGCACAAUCCAUGUACAGAGGCUGUGGUCCACAAAGAAGGAGGCCAGCUCAACCUUUAGCUCGCUUCCACAAGAUAGUCUGGCUGCAGACCGUUCAUCUGUGACGGCUACUCUCACAGAUCAAUCAUGUAAGAUGCAGUAUAUCUCAGAACAGAAGUGCUGUAAUAUGCAGAUAUAACAUGUUUUCACCAUUUUUUAAAUUCAACUUUAUUCAUAAACAAAGUCUGGCAGUUAUAUCCAUGAAAUAACCACAGCCACCACGGACUAAGCAAAAUUUCAUAAAUUAAACAGAGGAAAAAGGUCAGAGGUCUAAAUGAUGUAAAGACCCAUUUUAGAAAUAGUUAUGCUAACCAUGGCUCACUUUAGCUUUGUUAGCUUUAGCUAAAGCUAGUAUACCU